CGACGCAGGCAAACAGUUUUCAGCGCGCAACGCCAAAGUGAAGUUCGUGGCAGCGCACAACAAGCCGCAAAUCGCAGCCAAACAACGCAGACAAAAACAUAUUUUAUAAAGCACAAAUGCAGUAAGAAGAGACCAGUAAUAAGAAUAUAAUAAUUUGUCCAAGCAACGUUAAGGCUGACAAGUUUUAUGCGUUGCCGGCCUUUGAAGGAUUUUGAACGUACGAAUUUUGCUGGUGCUCAGUGAAGCGCGGCCUUUAUUUUUGGCAUUCCUCCUCGAAAGCCCCCGUUUCCACCACUGAACCAACAAAAAGAGUGUGCACGAAUUUGUGGCGCCAGCGUUGCCCCAUCGUCGCAAUUGUGAACUGAACAGCAAACAGAGUCAAAAGAAAAAUAGCAGAAAAAAAAAGAAGAAAAGAAACACAAUUAACAACAACAACAACAACAACAAGAAGGCGAAACACGUGAAAUGUUCAUUGCGGCAGCUGCAUGGAGCUUUGCUGCUUCAUGGCGACUGCUCUGCAUCGGGAUGCUGGUGCUGGCGAUGCUGCUGCCGCUGCUGAUCGGCGAGGCCGACGCCGCUGCCAGCAGCCUCACCGGCGGCCUGGGUAAUCAGGCCGUCUUCACCAGCUCAUUUCUGGUGCGCUUCCGUCGGGGCGUUGACAAUGACUUCGCCCACCAGGUGGCCGACAAGUAUGGUUUCGACAAUCUGGGACCGCUGGCAGGCGCCGAUGGACACGAGUAUCAUUUCAAGCACAGGACACUACCGCAUGCCCGUUCACGUCGCAGCCUGACACACACGCGUGCCCUUAAGAGUCAUCCCUCGGUACACACGGCCGUUCAGCAGCCGGGCUUUAGGCGUGUCAAACGCGGGUUGAGACCUGCGAUUCCUGCCAUUCAUGGUCUACACUAUGCAGCUACGCUGGGCGAACCGAAUAGCGUUGAUGUGGAGCCCACAGAUCCCUACUUUCCCAUGCAAUGGUAUCUGAAGAACACCGGACAAAAUGGCGGCAAAGUGCGAUUGGAUCUUAAUGUGCAGGCCGCCUGGGCGCAGGGUAUUACCGGCAAGAACGUGACCACGGCCAUCAUGGAUGACGGCGUGGACUAUAUGCAUCCGGACCUGAAAUUCAAUUAUAACGCCGAGGCGAGCUACGACUUUAGCAGCAAUGAUGCAUUCCCCUAUCCGCGCUACACUGACGAUUGGUUUAACAGCCAUGGAACUCGCUGUGCUGGCGAAGUGGCUGCUGCCAGAGAUAAUGGAAUUUGCGGCGUGGGCGUUGCCUAUGACAGCAAAAUCGCAGGCAUACGCAUGCUGGAUCAGCCCUAUAUGACGGACCUAAUCGAAGCCAACUCGAUGGGCCACGAGCCGCACAAAAUACAUAUAUACAGCGCCUCCUGGGGUCCUACCGAUGAUGGCAAGACGGUGGACGGGCCGCGCAAUGCCACCAUGCGCGCCAUUGUCCAGGGUGUCAAUGAGGGACGCAAUGGUUUGGGCAACAUCUAUGUGUGGGCUUCGGGCGAUGGCGGCGAGGAGGAUGAUUGCAACUGCGAUGGCUAUGCCGCCUCCAUGUGGACGAUAUCCAUUAACAGUGCCAUCAACGAUGGCCAGAAUGCGCAUUACGAUGAAAGCUGCAGCUCGACGCUGGCAUCCACGUUCAGCAAUGGUGCCAAGGAUCCCAACACUGGCGUUGCCACCACCGACCUCUAUGGCAAAUGUACGACCACCCAUUCGGGCACCAGCGCCGCGGCACCCGAGGCAGCUGGCGUCUUUGCGCUGGCCUUGGAGGCAAACCCUCAACUGACUUGGCGCGACAUCCAGCAUCUGACUGUGCUAACAUCGAAGCGCAAUUCCCUGUUCGAUGCCAAGAACCGUUUCUACUGGACAAUGAACGGCGUCGGAUUGGAGUUCAAUCACCUCUUUGGGUUCGGUGUGCUCGAUGCGGGUGCCAUGGUGACCCUGGCCAAGCAGUGGCACUCGGUGCCAGCACGCUAUCACUGUGAAGCCGGCGAGAUUAACAGCGCUCAGCCAAUUAUAAUGGGUCGCUCGCUGUUCUGGGAAAUCAAAACGGAUGCUUGCAAGGGCACCGACACGGAAGUGAAUUAUUUGGAGCACGUGCAGGCGGUCAUCACGGCAAAUGCUUCGCGACGCGGCGACCUCGAACUCUUCCUCACCUCGCCAAUGGGCACCAAAUCCAUGAUUCUGUCACGACGCGCCAAUGAUGAUGACCAUCGCGAUGGUUUCACCAAAUGGCCCUUCAUGACCACGCACUCCUGGGGCGAGUAUCCGCAGGGAGUAUGGAAAUUGGAGGCACGCUUCAAUUCAGCUCAAACGCGACAUGGACAUCUAAUGGAAUGGUCGCUGGUGCUGCACGGCACCAAGGAGGCACCUUACCGCACACUGUCGCCAUCGUCGCCCCACUCAAAGUUGGCCAUCGUUAAGAAGGCGCACGAGGAGAAGAAGAUGAAGUAAGCGAUGUCCGCGUGUCCGUGAGCAACGUCGUCCAUUGGUCAUUCUGGCUUUUAUCAUUCAGUUUAGUAUAGAGUGCAGAGAAAUGUGCUGGCUGUGUUUUGUUUUAAAUGGGAUUGAUUGAGAAUUAAUUUAUAUUUUAUAGAAUUGAGUUAUUGAUUCAAUGUGUACACAGCUCAUUUUGAUUUUAAGCGAAAUGUUAACUGAACUCAAAGUUCAGCUAACUUUCAAUUUGACGGAUUUCCAAUAUUUUUCUUAGUUAACUAAUUUGAUGAGCUAUUAACUAAUUAAGCACCCAGGGUGUAAAUUUCUCCUUUGAGUUUCCAAUAAUAAGAAUUUGUGGACUUUUUAAAGCGCACAUUAUUUUUUUUUUAGUCGAAUGCAAAAUAUAUUUUCAAAAACCUCAAAUUUCGAAAACCAAAAAAAAAAAAGCGUAGUUGAAACGUAGCAAAAGAUACAAAUCCGUAGUAACUAUCAAAGAUUCGAAACAGGUAUAGCAUAUGUGUGUUGCGGUAGUUUUUGAGCGACAGAGCGAGGGAAUCAUUGAGUACACAAAACUAAACUCCAUAACAAAAACAAAAAUAAAAUAAUAUAAAAUGUCUUGUAAAUGUACUAUAUCUAACUAUAUGUAUGCAUACAUACCUUAUAUGUAACUGUGUCCUAUGCCCUUAGACUCUAACCAAUAUUAUAUAGCUUAAACAUUUUGAAAGCUAUUAUAAUUUCUCAAAUGUUGAACUUUAUAAAGUGGAUAAAGUCCAAGCUGCAGACCGCUUCCAAAAAUCUCUCUAUUAUUUAUAUUUAUAUUUACAUUUAUGUCUGUAUUUGCAAUUUUCUUUUUCCAUUCGUGCAUGUAAAUUGCAUACGAAGUUUUUAGUUUCUUUCGGGGGCCAAAAAUAAUAAUAACGAGCGUAAAAACAGUUUAUAUUAUAAACAUUAUAAAACAUAUAGAAAUAUAUAUACUAUAUAGAAAAGGGAGCAUGGUAUUUAUGGAA